AUGUCCUUGCCUGAUGUAUUGACAAGAGGUGAUGAGUUCCUCUCAGAAUAUCCUCGGCAAUCCAAACUUUGGCAGUGGACUUCUCAUGGUGUAUGUCUGGCAACAGUCGGUUUUAGCAAGUUGGUGCUUGCAUUGGGAUAUAAUGUUAAAUUAAAUGGUUUAGAAAAUUUAGAAAAUGCGAUAGAUAGAACUGUGAAUGAAAAUAGAGGACUGUUGACAAUUAUGAAUCACAUGUCUGUUGUUGAUGAUCCUUUUAUUUGGGGUAUUUUCCCUUGGAGAAUGUAUAAGGACUUGGAUCAAAUCAGAUGGGGUUUAGGUGCGCGCAAUGUUUGCUUUCAAAAUGGAUUUUUAUCGAACUUCUUCUCAUUAGGAAAGGUUUUGGCUACUGAUAGGUUUGGUGCUGGGCCCUUUCAAGGGUCUAUUGAUGCAGCUAUUAGAUUACUGUCACCCGAUGGCACUUUGGAUUUAGAAUGGAGCCCCAAUAAUGCAAAGCGUGUUAAUGAUGUAUCAGCUAUAGUUGCGCCCGUCAAAAAAGUUCAUUAUAUACCUCCAGUUCGCCGUGAAAAACCGUCAUGGGUACAUGUAUUUCCAGAGGGAUUUGUUCUACAGUUACAGCCUCCGCAUUGCAAUUCGAUGAGAUACUUCAAAUGGGGGAUCACUAGAUUGAUUUUAGAAAGUACCCGCCCACCAAUUGUUGUGCCUAUGUUUGCAACUGGCUUUGAGAAGAUAGCUCCUGAAUCGGCUGCCAAUACUAUGGUGGAACGUUAUUUGCCAAGAAAUUUUGGAGCGAAUAUUAAUGUCACAAUUGCCAAAGCUAUGGAUGACGGUAUAAUUGAGUCUUUCCGCCAAGAGUGGAGGCAGUUGGUUGAAAAGUAUUAUGAUCCAAAACAUCCUACAGAUUUAAGUCACGAAUUGCGGGAUGGUAAAGAAGCGCAAGAUUUACGCUCAAGAUUAGCGGCAGUAUUGAGAGAACAUGUUGCAAAAAUCCGUCAUGAAGAAUGUGAAUUCGAGAAGGAAGACAGCAGGUUUAAAUCCCCAGCUUGGUGGAAACAAUACACAACGAGUGAAGGCGAAUCAGACGCAGAUGUUCAAUUCGUAGGCCAAAACUGGGCAAUUAGAAGACUUCAAAGCUCUUUUCAUGACUCCAUCAACGGUGACUCUUGA